AGGGCUGAGUAGCCGCACUCCGGAGGCUGAUGAGGGACUGCCUUGGGUCUGGGCCUCUCAGUGCCCCAUGAGUCAUCAGACACAGGGGGGUAGGGCACCCCAAGAGCUCAUAGGAGGCCAAGGGUCAGGCAGGGACCCCAGGGCUCCAACAGGCAGACUCGAGGUUGGAGCAGGAAUGUUCAGAUGCCCUAGGGGCAGGGCCAGGAGCAGGCACUGGCUGCGCUGGACUGAUUCGCAGCCUGGGUCCCACCCCAGGAACAGCCGGGCUAGACCGCAUGGGGGAUGGGCGGCAUCUGGGAAGCAUCUGCGGGCACAGCCGGAGCUGAGUGGGCCUUUGGGAAGAGGUGGAUCUGGGCACGCCGGCCAGAGAGGGAAGAGGAGGGAUGGCAGAGCCCAGGCUGGUGCCAGCCACAGUCGCGUGCCAGGGAGUGUGCCAAGCCUUGCCUCUUGAGCACCGUGAGCGCUCUGCCAGGGCAGCCUGCCACCAAAGCCACGGGCUCUGCUGGGCACCAUCCAGUGUAGAAAGGAGACGGCACUGCGACCCUUCACCUCCUCCCCUGGGAGGUCGGCAGGCGUGAGCAGAACUGGAGUUUUCUGAUGGCAGGGCAAGGGAGCCGAGAAGGUCUCCAGGGCUGCUGUGCACUUGGCCCAGCCCCUGCGGCGUUGUGGUCAAUGACAUGGAGAGCAGAAAGGCUCGUGGACAUAGCAUGCAGAAGGAGCUGUGGAGAGAGAGCUAGCCCAGGGCCAGCAGGAGCUGCAGUCACAUGGGAUUCAACCGGCAGGAUGAACUGGGAGGAGGGUAAGGCUCUGACUUCCAAGCCUAGGCCCCGAGGGGCAAGUCUGGCUGAGCAGAAGGGGCCAAGAUGUAGAAGAGCCGCAGUACCAAGGCAAGGAGGCUGCCGGCACCAGACUAACCACGGAGCACAUCGUGAGAGGCUCACCACUCAGUGGAGUGUGGAGGAUGAAAAAGAAGUGGCCCGAGAGCAGCGCCGGCGGGAACGAGACAGGCAGCUGCUACAGGCUCAAGACCAGGAUGAAGGUGGCCAUUCCCUGGGUCGGCCAGAGCAGGAGGCACUCCUGAAACCUUCAGAGACCCCUGAACUGGAUGAAGAUGAGGGCUUUGGUGACUGGUCACAGAAGCCAGAGCAGCAGCAGCAGCAGCAGCAGCAGCAGCAGCAGUCUUGGGGGACUGAAGGGUCUGUGGACAGCUGCAAACCCCCUUGGGGCAAGUGUCCAGAGGGGGAGCAAGAGGAAGACAGUAGGCCCUGUGAAAAUGACAUCGGCGGUGGUGGAUUUUGUCACACAGAAGCCCACCUGGAGGGACUGUGUCUGGGCCAGGAGGGACCGGGCCCAGAGGAGGAACCUGUCCAGGAUCAGUUGGGAGCUGCAGAGACUGGAGAGGCAAAAGAAGAGCAGCAGCAAUGUCUGCCACCCAGGACCCCCAGUCCCUUGAUCUUGGAGGGGACAACUGAACUGCGCUCACCUCCCCUGAGCCCCACCGCCAAACUUGCGGAUAGGACAGAGUCCCUGAACCGCUCCAUAGAGAGGAGUAACAGUGUGAAGAAGUCCCAGCCAGCACUGCCUAUCUCCAAGAUUGACGAGAGGCUGGAACAGUACACCCAGGCCAUUGAGUCUGCUGGCCGGACCCCCAAGCUAUCCCGGCAGGCCUCCAUAGAGCUGCCCAGCAUGGCUGUAGCCAAUACCAAGAGUCGGUGGGAGACUGGUGAGGUGCAGACUCAGUCUGUUACCAAAACCCCCUCCUGCAAGGAUAUUGUCUCUGGAGACCUGAGCAAGAAGAGCCUCUGGGAAAAGAAAGGAGACUCUAAGACAUCAUCUACAGUCAAGAGCACCCCAUCUGGGAAGAGGUACAAGUUUGUGGCCACUGGCCAUGGGAAGUAUGAGAAGGUGUUUUUGGAUGAAGGGUCAGCACCCUAGGCCGCACAGUUUGGUGCAGGCUAGCGGCACCCUCCACUCCUCCAGGGGAGACACCAGCCAGACACCAUGCCACCUUCAGCCUUGGCUAAGAAGUUGCUUCUGUUGCCAGCAUGGCCUACCCUUGCCACCCUUCCUCAGUACCCCUGCUAUUUCCACCUCCUCCUUUUGCUCCUGGACCCUCCAGCCUCUAUACUGUACCACUCUGAUCGUCCAGCUCUGCCUCUCACAGUUGGGGAAGGAAGAAGACUCCUGACCUUGGUUAAAAGGACCAUUUCUUAGAGCAGCCAGAGCCCCUAAGGAAGGCUAGAGAUGGAGACCCAGCCUGUGUAGAGGGCUGGUCACCCCACCAGGCCUGAGGGACACCUGAAGCGGUGCUGGAUGCUCACGAUUCUGCAUCUUUCUUGCUCCCUACCUACAGACCUCUCCCCAUUCUGUGCAAUAAAAAUUUU